AGUGCAAGGACGUCGCUCAGUUGGAGUGGAGGGCGCCCUCCUGGAAGGCAGGAGGGGAAAGAGGCAGCGGGGAUCCCCCCAGGGGUUGUGUGUGCGAGUCUGUGGGGGGGGAACAGAGGGGGUGCCUCCGUUCGUAGCCCUUUAGGGCUAGUGGGUGGGGUUUGGGGGGGGACUGUUUUUUGGGGAGCGGGUGUUGUUCAGUUGUUGUUUUCUCUACCCCCCUCUCUUCUUCUCUCCAACCCCCCACCCACUUAUUUGUGAAAGGUUUGGAGCGCGUGUGAAUGCGGCAUUCGUGGGGCUGGCGCGCGAGCCCUCCUGCCUGUCUCUCCAUUGUGUGGGGCUGAGCUAGUAGUAGGGAGGGGAGAGAGAGAGAGAGAAGGGGGAGAUCGAAAGCUUUGGAGAGCUCGUGUUGUUGUUAUUUGGAAGUUGGGGAGGGGGGCAGGAAAGGGGGCGAAAAGGAGACGCGGGAGGAGAUCGCCGUCGUGGGGCCGCCUCGUCCUCUUCAUCUUCCCCGCGGUUCCUCUUCCUUCUGCUUCUGCUGCAUCUCUCAAGGCGGACUAUGACCAUGUUGUUAGACGGCGGGCCUCAGUUCCCCGCGCUGGGAGUCGGGGGCUUCGGAGCGCCGUGCCACCACCCGCACGACGUGGCGAACCGCGAUGCCGCUGCCGCCGCCGCCGCCGCUGCGGCCAUGGGGCUCAACCACCCCUUUGGGGACUCGUCCUUUAAAAUAAGCCCAGCGCCCCACGAGCUGGCGUCGGGACAAGGCUCUGCUUUCACGCCGCAAGCGUCGGGCUACCCGCACCAUCACCAUCACCAUCACCGCCACGCUCCGCACCCGCCUCACCCUCACCACGCCGGCCAGGUGCCUUCUUCUUAUGCCGCCGCGGCCGCCGCGGCCGCUUUCAACUCCACGCGGGACUUUCUCUUCCGCAACCGCGGGGGAUCCGCGCUCGGGGAUUCCCCCGCCGGCGGCGGCGGUGGCGGAGGAGGGGGAUCCGCGGCUGCGGCUGCGGCUGCAGCUCAGCACGGCCUCUUCGGCGGCAAUGCGCCCAGCGGGCUCCACGCUCCUCCGGGCAUCCCGGACAGCCCUGGCGGCUACUUGCUGUUCCCGAGUUUGCACGAUCAGAACCCCAGCCACACCUCCCCGACCGGGCACGUGGAGAACGGGCAGAUGCACCUGGGCUUGCGGGGGGACUUUUUCGGGAGGCCGGAGACGUACCGAGGAGUCUCCAGCCCCCGCGCGGACCCUUAUGGGGGCCCGGCUCAGUUCCACAACUACAGCCCCAUGAAUGUGAACAUGGGAGGCAUGAACGUGGCGGCCGCCGCCGCCGCGGCUCACCACCGUCACCACCACCACGGCGCGGGAGCCUUUUUCCGCUACAUGCGGCAGCCCAUCAAACAGGAGCUCUCCUGCAAAUGGAUCGAGGAGCUGUCGCAGCCUCCGGCUCCUCCGCAUCAGCAACAACAGCCUCACCAGCCGCCGCUGAGCCGACCCAAAAAGAGCUGCGACCGGACUUUCAGCACCAUGCACGAACUGGUCACCCACGUCACCAUGGAGCACGUCGGAGGCCCUGAGCAGAACAACCACAUCUGCUACUGGGAGGAAUGUCCCCGCGAGGGCAAGUCCUUCAAAGCGAAAUACAAACUCGUCAACCACAUCCGCGUGCACACCGGCGAGAAGCCCUUCCCGUGUCCCUUUCCCGGCUGCGGGAAGAUCUUCGCCAGGUCGGAGAACCUCAAGAUCCACAAGAGGACGCACACAGGUAAGGCGAGGCACACCCUUGGCACACCACCCUUGGACAUGUAUGUAUAUAUGUAUAUAUAUAUAUAUAUAUGUAUAUAUCCAACAAUAUAUACCCACCAAUACAGUUGUAUGCAUCUAUCUAACCAGCAAUAAUCCUGAGCAGAAGACAACCAAAUUAAAACCCCAGAUUCUUAUUUUUAAUAAUUUUGGUUUUGUUCUGGGUAGAGAUUUUUUUUUAAAAAAAAGCAGAGCGCGCCAAAAGGUUGCUCUGUAUGGCUCUGGAGGUCUGAAGGAUCAGAGCUUGGGGAAGGUGGGGUAGAAAUAAUCUGAAACUAUAUAAAACGAGUGGUUUGCUUUUGCCUAUUUCUGUUUAGGCGUUUAAAAUACUAUUUUUACCCCUACGCGGUGAAAGUCAGUUUCACGGAGGUUCCUUGUCGAUUUCAAACGAGAAGAGAAAUAAUUCCUGACUGAUUUUUUUUUUUAAACUUUCCUUUUACUUCUGAAGAUGAUAUUUCCGAAGCUUUCUUUUCAUCUGCAACUCUUUAGCCACCCCUGUACACGCACGCCCCCCCCGCAUUCGUCCCUCUCAUGGAGUUCUCUCCCUCUGGAUGUAAUGCGAGGGAAACAAAAAUCAUUGGAGCUGUGUGUGUUGCUUUUUGCGAGAAAGAGAAAGAGACUGAGCUCUCCUCAGACAUCCUGUUGAGGAAACCAUACAAAUGCUAAUGCAAUCUAAUUUUCGGUUACUUCCGCUCUCGCCCGCUCUCUUAAUGCCUUGAUUGGCACAUCUUCUAAUUAAAUCACUGAUACUUUUUGUCCAAAGCAUUCUUUUUUUUAAAAAAAAAAGCAUGGAAAAAAGAGAAAUAAACGGUUCUGUCCUCUACAAAAAAACUAGCGUAGAAUUAGACGGAAACAGCAAUCCAACACACAUUAUUGCCUUCUUGAGUACAUCUUAUAAAACUGUCUGGAUCUCCACAAUUUAUCUUCAGGGGAGUUUUCUUCUCCGCUUUCUCUCUAUCCCCUCCCCUCCUUUUCUUCCUGCCCCAAAUAAUCUAAGCAUCCAAUUCUCAUCUCAUUUUUAACAGUCAGCUUAAGGAAAGCCCGUAGCAUUUCAAAGACAGAAAUUAAAAGCUACAAAAGGGCCCUUUAAUUGAACUGCAAAGUUUCAAAACUCUGUUGUCUCAGAACUGUCUGGUGUCCCUUCACCAGCCCAGAGCCCUUGGCUCCUCCUUGCUCUCUCCUACUUAAAAAAAAAUUAAAAUUCAGAAACCUGUCUGUGUACAAAGAGCGAGAGAGUUCAGGCAGAGGAGCAGCAGGGAGCCCAAAAGCUGCAAAGAAAAAGAAGAAAGUUUUGCUGUAGGCAGAAAAGGUGUGCUUGUGUGUGAUAAGAGAGAAAGGGAGUGGGGAGUUAGUGGGAAAAGCCCUAAACCAUUCUGUACCUCCAUCCUACUACUGUGUCUCUUCUUUACGAAACAAGUGGCCCAAUCUCUGGUUAUUUAUUAUUUUUUACUUGCAGGAGAGAAGCCCUUUAAGUGUGAGUUUGAAGGCUGUGACCGGCGUUUUGCAAACAGCAGCGACCGAAAGAAGCACAUGCACGUCCACACAUCAGACAAGCCAUACAUCUGCAAAGUCUGCGACAAGUCCUACACCCACCCCAGCUCCUUAAGGAAGCACAUGAAGGUAAAGGAUUCCUCCUGGGGACCUUGCUUUUGCCAUGGCUCCCUUAAUUUGGUGAGAUCUGACCACCCUCUUCCCCUGCUCUCAUGUAGUGUGUGGGCAUAUAGAGUGAAUGUUUACAGACGCAUCUGUAUUUCUGUUUCUGUUUUUAUAGAUAUAAAUAAAAGUCACGUGUGUGUGGUUUAUAGUUAUAUAUGCUUAUCAAUUAAUCAAUUAUUUAUUAAUUUGUGUGUUUGAGAGCAUCUGUAUUAUUCCUGAAUGCAUACCUAUUUAUAUUAUACAUGUGUACAAAAUACAUAAUAUAGUUCUAUAGUUAUUUAUGUUUGCCCAUCUGCUUAUGUAAUUGGAAGUAUAUAUGCACGUGCCUUCAUGUGCGUUUAUAUUAUGUAUGUAAUUAAUUACACAUGUAUCAAUCUAUAUAGUUAUACAUGUAUGUAUAUUUUAUGCAUAAUCCUAUGCCCAUAUGCUGAUUUUGUGUGUCUGGACAUAUACACCCAUGGAGUAUUUUUCUGUGUGUAUAACCUUCCAGUUUGAUACAUUUCCAUAUUGAAAAGAACCCUGGCUAUUCUGCUGGUGAAAAAGUAGAAGGCUCUUCCCUGGGCUUUCAAGUAAUGAUUGCCUCAGUGAAAUGAAAAUAAAAGGAAUUGCGCAUGCUGUUUUUAAAUUUUUAUUUUUUAUUUUGUAAUUUUCAAAAAGCUUUGGCUUGGCCAGAGAGGGGGCCGUCUUGCGCAAGGAGCAGCUUGUCUCAAGUGCCUGGUUUGUUCUCCCUUGUUAAAUAACAUUUCAUCAUGUAUAGUUGCUAAGCUUCCAAUCCUGGUUUAUGAAUGAGUAAAUUUGGCCGCUGAGUUUGUGAGAGUGUGGGGGGUUGGAACGGAGUGCAGAGUCAUCUGAUAUCCAUCCAUCCAUAUUUAAAAUAUUAAGUGCAUAUACAUAUAUAAUCUGCUCCUGAAAUAUAAAAUCUUUUUUAAAAAUCACUUAUAGCGAACAGUAGUGCUUGAAGCCACUAGGUAUAAAACAGUGCUCUGAUUUCCAGUAUAGUGUGCUCAUCUAAUAAUGUGCUAUCCUGUUUCUGUUUUUAUAGAAGGUGUUGUUGUUGGGGAUUUCUUCCAGAAUUUACCCUUUCCAUUCCAUAUUUAAUUAUGGGAUCAGCUUGGCAGGUUGGCCAUAUUUUCCACUUAUCCAGUAAUUUUCUGAAAAUAAACAAAUAGCUAGAUAAUCUUAUAUAUAUAUAUAUAUAUAUAUAUAUAUAUAUAUAUAUAUAUAUACUGAUUGGUGGCUCACUGUAAAUCAACUCUCCCCUUCUGUCCACUGGCAAAAAAGAAGAGAGUUCCUUGCUCUUGGACUUGUGGCAAUUGUCUCUGCCUUCUUUUUUCAGGUCCAUGAGAGCCAAGGGUCGGAAUCCUCUCCGGCGGCUAGUUCUGGCUACGAGUCCUCCACCCCGCCAGCCGUUGUGGCUGCCAGCAGCAAGGACUCCAGCAAACCACCAGCAGCAGCUGUUCAGACCGCCAAUCCCAGCCACAACCAAGAACUGCCCCCCAACUUUAAUGAGUGGUAUGUCUGAUGAGGACAAAUUCAACUCCUCUCCUCCCCCACAAAAUCAACAACAACAACAAAACCCAGACUAACCAGACUGUACCAAAAGCAUUCCUGUUGACAUCAAAGGACACCGGAUUCAUCUUUGGCCUGUCAUUGGAGUUUGCAGGACAAAAAAUAAAAUAAAAAUAAAAUAAAAAUGAAGGAGGAACAACUACAGUAGCAGCAGCAGCAGCAGCAGCAACAACAACAAACAAGUGGUGGCAAGGGUGUGAUUUUUUUUUUUAACCCUAUCCAAAAGCCGGAGGCUGGACUUUGUCUCUAUUUUUCUCAGGAUUUUUCUGCAUUGAUGGUUAUUUCUUUUUUUUCUUUUUUAAAAUCCCUCUUCCAACUCACCUUUCAAUACCACUCCCUUUAUUUCCCAACAUUCUUGCCUUUUGUAAAUAUAUACUUCCAAUAGAUAUAUACCCACUCCUUUUUGGGGUGGGAUGUUGAAAAACAACGAACUGACUUUUACACUUUAUGAUUUAACUUCCAAUAGAUAUAUACCCCCUCCUCUCUCUCUCUCUCUCUCUUUUUUGGAGGGGUUGGAUUUUGAAAAACAGAAAACUGACUUUUCCCCUUGGCCUUAGUUGCGAUUAUUAAAAAUAAUAAGAAAAAACAACAACCACAGUCUUAAAACUUGCCAAAGUCCUGUAUUGUCUUGAAAUCUUUCUUUCUCUCUCUCUUUCUCUGUCUUUCUGUCUCUUUUUCUCCUACCUUUUUCUCACCCUCUAAAACAUUACACUUGUGAAUGUAUUUCAUCUGAUUUGAGAAUGGGCCAGGGGUGUUCUUCAGUAUGUUUUUCAGGAGGGGGAAAUGUAAUCUUAAUUUCACUCAGCUCAUGGCGGUUUAGUAUAAACAGUUGCCUUUUUGUAAUAACUUUUUUUUUGUAAAUACAUAUCCAUGAUGCCAUAUUUAUCAAUUGUAAUUUAAUUAUUGAGAGAAGUGCCGGAAACGGAAACAUAUUUAUGAGGAAAAAAACAAAACAAAAACCCCACAAAAAAAGAAGAAAUUUUGUUUUCUAACAAACAAACAAAAUCCAGACAAACUCUGUACAGCUUUUUGGUUAUAUAACUGCUUUAGCAUUAAAAGUUUAUUGUUUUGG